AGAGAGGAUCAGCGCCAGCCACCCCGCCACCUCCACCAUCACCUCCUGCACUCAGCUCACCACCGGCCACCAGCCCCUGCCUCCUCCGACUGCCUCUCUCUCUCUCUCUCUCUCUCUCCCUCUUUCUCUCUCUCUCUCUCCAUUAUUGUUUUCCACUCUACAGACGAUGGGGUCGGCUUAUGAUUAGGUCGGGAGCAAGUCAGAUCUUCCUCCAAAGAUUGGUAAUAUUUAUGUAGGCAAAAAGAGAAAGGAGAAAGAGAGAGAGGGAGAGAGAGAGAGAGAGAGAGAGAGAGAGAGAGAGAACCGGGAGGAGGGGAUAAGGAAAUUAAACCCUUUAAGUCAAUGCAUAUUGUGGUGACACCGGCACAGGAGCCCUCACGGUGGAGUCGGCCAGGGCUGUGCGUUCCCAAAAUAUGACCAGGGGUGCUUGGAUGUGUCGGCAGUAUGACGACGGCUUAAAAAUCUGGUUGGCCGCACCCCGGGAGAACGAGAAACCGUUCAUCGAUUCAGAGAGGGCUCAGAAAUGGCGACUGUCUCUGGCAUCUCUCUUGUUUUUCACAGUCCUGCUCUCUGAUCACUUGUGGUUCUGCGCCGAGGCCAAGCUGACCCGGGCCCGGGACAAGGAGCAGCAGCAGCAGCAGCAACAUCAGCAGCAUCAGCAGCAGCAGCGGCAGCAGCAGCAGCGGCAGCGGCAGCAGCAGCAGCAGCAGCAGCAGCGGCAGCGGCAGCAGGAGCCCUCCUGGCCCGCGCUCCUGGCGAGCAUGGGGGAGUCCUCGCCCGCCGCCCAGGCGCACAGACUCCUCUCCGCCUCCUCGUCCCCCACCCUGCCCCCCUCCCCGGGAGACGGCGGCGGCGGCAAGGGCGACCGAGGCAAAAACAACCGGAGCAAGGCUCUUUUUCUAGGAAACUCUGCCAAACCGCUGUGGCGCCUGGAGACUUGUUACCCCCAGGGCGCCUCUUCGGGCCAGUGCUUCACGGUGGAGAGCGCGGACGCCGUGUGCGCCAGGAACUGGAGUCGGGGGGUGGCGGCUGCGGGGGAGGAGCAGCAGGUGAGGGGGACGCAUCCAACUCCGCUCUGGAACUUGUCAGAUUUUUACCUUUCGUUUUGUAAUUCCUACACACUUUGGGAAUUGUUCUCGGGGUUAUCCAGUCCCAACACUUUGAACUGUAGUCUGGAUGUGGUGCUCAAGGAGGGCGGCGAGAUGGCCACUUGCCGGCAGUGCGUCGAGGCUUACCAAGACUACGACCACCACGCUCAGGAGAAAUACGAAGAGUUUGAGAGUGUGCUCCAUAAAUAUUUACAGUCGGAGGAGUACUCGGUGAAAUCCUGUCCUGAAGACUGUAAGAUUGUCUACAAAGCCUGGCUGUGUUCCCAGUACUUUGAAGUCGCACAGUUUAACUGCAGAAAGACAAUUCCUUGCAAGCAAUACUGUUUGGAGGUUCAGACGAGGUGUCCGUUCAUAUUGCCCGACAACGAUGAAGUCAUCUAUGGGGGACUGUCCAGUUUCAUCUGUACAGGGCUCUACGAAACCUUCCUAACCAAUGAUGAACCCGAAUGCUGUGAUGUCAGGAGAGAAGAGCGCCCCAGCAAGCCCUCCAGAGGGACGGUGGGGACCAGCGGCCCCUGUCACAGGACGUCACUCACAGUGUCAUCAGCAACCAGACUGUGCAACAGCAGACUCAAACUGUGUGUGCUCGUACUGAUUCUCCUGCACACAGUGCUCACGGCCUCCGCGGCGCAGAACAGCACGGCGCUGAGCGUAGGGGGCAUCAACGCGCUGGAAGACAGCUCGGCGCGCGAGGAGUAGCCGGGAGGGCCACCCCAGGGCCACCAGGGCCACCAGGGCCCCGCCGGGGCGCACCCAGCACCCGCCCGCUGCCGCUCGGACACACUGGGUGCUUUUACCCUCCAACCGCUUCUCGCAGGGCCUUUAGGGUAAAAUCUCAGAAGAUGGGCCUGGAUCCAAACGAGGACACAAACACAGCUUUUUAUUGACUAAAAGGCUGUAAAGUGACUUAAAUUUCUCACACCAUUUUAUACACUGUGUUUUAAUGUUUGGAGGUUUUAUUUGCUUUCCUUUGAUUUUGGGUUUAUUUGUUCUUUUAUUUUUUUGCACUUGUUAAUACAGGAUUUAUUUUUUGGGGAUGGUUUCUCAGAGGUAAACUAAGUCUUCACUGUCUCUUUCUCUCUUUCUCUCUCUCUCUCUAUAUAUAUUUCUAGUCAUUGUGUGUGUUCAUCAGAUAGUUCUGUCUCUAUGUCCUGUCAGUUUCUAUUAGCGGAAUGAUUGCUAUGACCUCGCGGUAUAUAGCAAAAUACAACAACAACAA